AUGGGUUCUUCUGAGGAUGACUUCACCCCACUGUCUGAGUUGGCCGUUGGAAUGAACAAAUGUACAGUCCGAGUGCGCGUAUCGCGGCUGUGGGAAUCCUUCAAUCCGAAAAAUGACAUAUCGUUUGGCCUUGACUGUCUUCUGAUUGAUGAAGAGGGUGAAACUAUGCAGGCACGUGUACGUCGUGACGAUAUAGACCAGUUUGAAGAGCAGCUAAUUGAAGGGAAGGUCUAUGCCCUGUCGUAUUUUACAGUUGAUGAUACUGGGGAAAGCUACAUGACCUGUAGCAAUGAGUUCACUAUGUACUUUGGAAGGCAGACAGUGGUCAAUGAGAUAGAAGGAGAUAUUGAUUCGAUACCCCUCCACAGCUUUGAGUUCAUUGAUUUUAAGAAUCUACAUUCUAGGUGCGACAAUACCAUACGAGCAGUUUGCUCUACAACAUGUUCGAAGUACUAUCUAGAUCUGGAAAUACCAGAGGUUCAAGAAUUCCGUGAGAAAGUCUCCCUGAUAGAUAUAGACUGCACCAGUAAAUGGUGUUAUCUUGGAUGCGAUACCUGCCAAAAGUCAAUGUACGGGGCCCCAAGAAAAUACAAGUGCAGCCGAUGUGGCCCGAUUAAGAGGCCAGUUCACUGGUACAAGCUGAAGACGACGGUGAAAGAUGCCACAGGCACAAUGAACUUGAUGAUCUUCUGUGAUGUGGCGGAGGAGCUGGUUGGUGUCUCUGCGGAGGAGCUCGUUGAUGAGAUCGAGGAUGAGGAGGAGUUGUUCACCCUGCCAGAUAAAAUCGAGGAUCUUCUUGGAUCGACCCACACCUUCCAAGUAUUCGACAAGGAUCUAAGCGGGAGCUUCUUGGUAUAUUCAAUCAUGGACCAUGAUAGCGUCCCAGUCCCUUCUACAACCACUAGUCAAGGCAACGAGGAGAGCAACGCUGUGACGGGAGAAGCAAGGUUGAAGUCCACUCGACUCCAGAAGCCUAACAAGCGUCUGCGAGGGGAUGACUGGAUCAACUAA